UUUCCCAGAUACAGGAGAGAGUAACCCCCAAAUAUCCAGACAAUUUUCCUUGUGCACAAUCAGAUUGACCAGAUCUGCUGUAUUUAGGACAGCUGAGUGGCAGUUUUAUUAUAUUUGCUGCGAACCGUGGGAUAAUUUGGUUCCAACCGGAACCUUUGUCCGUGAGAUUGUGGGUGGGCGAACAAUCUGGUGGUGACUCGGGAAGAUGGAGGUGUCAGAGGAAGAAGCUAUUCGUAAGUUCGUGACAGUAACAGGAGUUGAGGAGGAGCGGGCUCGCUUCUACUUGGAGUCUGCGGACUGGGACCUGCAGCUUGCCCUGGGCAGCUUUUAUGAAGAAGGUGGUGACGAUGAUGUGAUAACUCUUCCACAACCUGAACCCAGUACAGGUUCGAGAACGGUAGCACAAAGUGAUGCCAGAGUAACCUCAUUCAGAGAUUUAUGGCAAGAAGAGAAAGAUGACGAAGAUGACGAGGGCCAAAGGUUUUAUGCUGGUGGAUCUGAAAGAAGUGGACAGCAAAUCGUUGGUCCUCCAAAAAAGAAGAAUUCCAAUGAAUUAGUAGAAGAUCUGUUUAAAGGGGCAAAAGAGCAUGGUGCAGUUGCAGUCGAACGAACUGGCAAGAGUCCUGGAGAAUCCAGCAAGUCUAAACCAUUUGGUGGUGGUGGUUAUCGUUUAGGAGCAACUGAAGGAGAACAAUCUGCGUAUGUUACUGGAGAAAGGAGACUAGAGACAGCACAAGAUGUUCAUGUUAUCCUGAAACUUUGGAAAAGUGGUUUUAGUGUUGAUGAUGGUGAGCUGAGAAAUUACACUGAUCCUGCCAAUGCCCAGUUCCUGGAAGCUAUUAGGCGAGGUGAGAUUCCGCUGGAACUGCGACGACUGGCCCGAGGUGGGCAGGUGAACCUGGACAUGGAAGACCACAGAGAUCAAGAGUUUGUAAAAACCAGGGCUGCAUUUAAGGCAUUUGGUGGAGAAGGACAGAAGUUAGGGAGUGCCACACCUCAGCUAGUCACUACAACUUCUCCAGCACAACAAGCAGAAAAUGAAGCAAAGGCAAGUUCUUCUGUUAAUGUAAAUGAAUUGCAACCAACCACUAGUAUCCAGAUACGGCUUGCAGAUGGAGGGCGUCUUGUUCAGAAGUUCAACCACACGCAUAGUGUUCAGGAUAUUCGACAUUUCAUUAUUGAUGCCCGUCCGGCUUUGGCGUAUACUCCUUUUGUGCUGAUGACCACCUUCCCUAGCAAAGAGCUGACAGAUGAGAAUAAGACCCUGAAAGAUGCCAAUCUGCUGAAUGCUGUAAUAGUGCAGAGGCUGAAAUGAAUGCACUUCUCCAUCAAACCUCAUGUUUGUGGAGUAUUUGAACUGUUCGGACUUUGUUAGUUUAACUCACUGGUUGUGAUAAAUUGGAGAAAAUGCUUUUAAAUGAAACUGUUUACCCUUGGGGUUACUGAAGUGAUAACAUGUGAGCAUUCAGUUACACAGCUUUAUGCGUGACUUUGUGAUAUAAACCUUAAUUGCGUAUUUUGAUUUGUAACUUUUCUUUGCAAUUUUUAAGUGAAAAUACUAUACAUUAAAAGUUCAAAUUCACAAAUAUAAGUUGAUGCGAUCCUACUAACUUCUACUUUCCUGUGACUGCUGUUGUAUUGUGGAUAGGGUUGCAACUUGACUGGAAAUUGCAUUCUAAUGUUUCAAAUUUAUCAUUUCAAAUUUAAAACAUUCUAUGUUGUGAAAUGGGUCAUGUAUCCAGCAUUGUUAAUUUUGUACAUUACUGCAUCAAAUGAAUAAUCUGAGCAGAAUGUUAUUGUGAGUUUUAUUUUUAGUCUGGAUAAUGACUGCUUAUUGUAGGAUGGAACGGUUUGCAAAAAGAGUUUUUUUUAAGGCAUAUUUUGGGUCACAGUUCUAGAUGGAGCAGAUCCUUUUGUUCACCAAAAUGCCUAGAAGUUCAAUAACAGUAAUAGCAAGCUUGACCUUUUUUUCCUGUACCUAUAUUUAUUCCAUACUACAGAAACAAGCUAUUCAUUGAGCCUUGAAUUGAUUUUUUUUGUCAUGUGUAAUCUCACUAUAGUUUUUCCUCCUUAGUACCAUUGUCAUCUUUUUGAAGAUUAGUUGAAAAAAAUUACUUUCUAGGUGAUUUGUGCAAAUACUUUUAUAUUCUGAUUACAUUGUAAAGAAUUUCUUUCUAAUGGCUUGCCCUUUCUCGAACCAGUGUCAUCAAUCUAAUAACUCAUGUAACUCAUUAUAAUCUUAAACUUUGUAAAUUCUGCACAGAAUAGGAGACAAAAACAUCUAUUUCCACUUCCUAAAGCUCUUUAACAGAACUGUGAUUAUGGAGGUUGUGUUUCUGUCUAUAUGUUCGAUGUUUAGUGUAACUGCUUUAUUGUUGAAAAGUGCCUUGAUCUCUGAAGCAUGUAUGGCAUUCUUUGCUGCAUCUGUUCAUUUCUGUGUCUAGAGAACAAAAACAACAAUGUACUAUAGUCUGCUGUGUUGAGCAGUGUGUGCUGGCUAAAGGAGUUCUCCUUUAUUUUGAUGCAAGUCACAAUAUCAAUUUACGUAAGUUUUUUUUUAAACAGCAGAGCAAAAUCCGUGAUACAUACUUACAGACUGUAUUGAAUGGAGUUAUACUUUUUGGAACUUUAAAGGAAUCGUCAAAGAAUUAGUGAUGCUGAAGUAUUAGAAGAUUUAACAGUACAGGUUUCAUUUUGACAAAUUCAACGCGAUAAAGAUUCUGAGCAUCAAUAUCACCAGUGCAAAAUAGCAAAACUGACCAAAUUAUCUCAACGUUUUAGUGAAUUUUUGAGUUUCUGUGAUGUUUGGCACAAGUUUAUGUUUUUGUGUAAGUGAACUGUUUCCAUCAAAUUAGCUAAAGCCCCAGCUUGAAGUUUCUACUGAACAUCCAUUCCUUAGCUAUGUGAGGAUGAUCAUCAAAUAUAGUCUUUUUAAGCCCAUAGGCAUAAGUACUC